AGACUGCAUCAGUCGGAUUGCAGGACACAGUUCCAGGUUUGCUGCUUUUAUUGACACGUGGAUCAGCAGAGCAUGAAGAAGACCAUUAAUACAGCUCUUAAGAGGUCCUUUGAGGUGGAAGAUGUUGACACUUCGUCCCAUUCUUCACCUGGUUCUCGUCGAACAACUAGCUCUCCCCACCGUAAUGCCAUGUCUCCCACGAGUAUUUACUACCGUGACCUGGGUACUGCCGCCCCUGCCACCAAUAACAACAACAUCAACUAUACUCAGCCACGCUCCAUCAUGGGGGGAGGAGGCUCCAAGACUCCAGAGCCGGUGUCACGCCGUUCUGAACUCUCCAUUGACAUCUCUUCCUCACAUAAGCAGGCAGAUACCAUCACCAGCCCUGCUUCCACACGCUUUGCGAGCAACAGUGCCCUGAAACGCCCCGAAGUCCUGGGGUACUCCAAGACCCCUGAGAUGGGCCACAAGAGAGAGGUGACUUUUGCAAAGAGCCUGACUGACUCCCCUGUGAUCCGCCGCAAUGAGGGCAGUAGUAACAACAAUGGGAUCGCCCGAGUCCCUGAGCUGAAUCACACUCGCAAGUUUGAGGCCCUGAGUCCCGGGGAUGUUCGUAAACCUGAAAUUAACAUCACCAAAGCUCCUCUGGAGAACAAUGGCCACCAUGCGGCAGUGCAUCACCCUCACCACCCUAACCCCCAUCACAGCACCAUCGUCACUACAUUCCGUUGCUCCUCACCGAGUCAUGCUGGACGCAAGUCUCCUAACCCUGACCGUAAGUCUGCUUAA